AUCAACCAACCUCACUAUGUUCUCGGAUUUCCUCCACGACUCAAUGUCCGGCGUGGCUUCAAGGUAAGAUGAGUAUCGACAUUGUCAUUCCUGUUGAUAUAAAGGUAGGUUUUCUUCCAUGCUGACCGCUUGACUCUUUCUCCCUUUUGUAUUUUUAAUAUCUGUCCCCAAACGGUCUACUCAAUACCAGGAACGGCCAUGCUUGGUACGCAGACUUUCUAUAUCGCCUAACACGCAGUCAAUUUAUCUCCAACAAUGGUCAAGCUCAACCUCGUCAAAUCUAGUAACGAUGAACUCGUCAGCAAACCCCUCGUCGCUGUAUUCGUCGGAGCUACUUCAGGCAUUGGAGCAUACACCGUCAGAUGCCUAGCCAAAACUCACGGCAAGACUGGAAAAGGUCUGCGAGUCUAUAUCGUGGGACGGAACGCGAAAGCAGCAGAGUCAAUCAUCGCUGAGUGUCAGAAGUCAUGUCCAGCUGGACAGUUUCUGUUCCAAUCUGCCAACGACCUCGCGCUCAUGAAAGAAGUUGACAUUACCUGCAAGCAACUCAUCAAGACGGAAGAGAAGGAAGCCAGUGCCAAGGGAGAAACACCUAGGAUAGACAUUCUGGUGAUGUCACACGCGAAUUUCAAGCCUUGGGAUCCACGAAAUGAAACAAGUGAAGGCCUUGACACAUUCAUGUCCCUCCUCUUCUACUCGCGAGCUCGCUUCACAACGAAUCUCCUCCCGCUCCUCCUAUCCUCUUCUCUCCCUGCACAUGUCGUCUCAGUAUUUGGCCCCGGCCGCGACGCUUCCUUCUUUCCUGACGACCUCUCCCUCCGCGACCCGAAGAACUAUGGGUUCAUGAGCUCCGGCUCACAUGCCGCCUACCUCAAAACAUUCUUCUUCGAAUACCUUGCUGCCAAAUACCCGGGCAAAUUAUCUUUGUGCCAUUACUUCCCUGGCUUGGUGUUGCAUGAGGGAUUUGAUUCGGGGCUUAAUGACCCCAGCUUUCCUUGGUGGUUCAAAGCCUCCAUCAAGUAUUUAAAGCCGAUCAUGAAGCUCGCUCCUUCAACCGUGCCUUGUGAGGAGAGUGGUGAGAGGACAUUGUUCAAUGCUUCGAAGAGAUUCCCUCCGAAGUCCGUUGAUGGAAAAGCGAACAUUGCGGCAGCGGGUGCUAUCGGGGUUGCGGAAAGCUCGGAUGGGGUCUUGGGAGGAGGGUCUUAUAGGGUAAACUACAACGGUGAGCAGGUCGCUAUUGGAAAGCAGUAUAAGAAGAUGAGAGAAGAUGGAUGGGCAGAGAAGUCUGUGCAGCAUACUCUGAAAUGUUUCGAGGAUAUCGAAGCGACGGGACACUUUUCUGGAUAAUCUACAUGGAGCUGAGGUUUUGUAGAGCGUGGGAGUUCGAAUUUGUUCCUAUAUCCUUAUUUAUUUGGGCUACCUAAGUAAUAACAGUUUUCCG